UAUAUAACCCCCUCUCUCCCUCUCAUAUCUCUCUUCCAUUCUUUCUCUCUUUCUGUUUUCUCGCAUUAGAUAUCACAACCUCAAAUACUUCGAUACAUACAUACAUACACAUAUAUAUAUAUAAGCCCCUCUCUCUUCCUCUUCUGCAAACUUCUAGGGUUUUGGUCUCUUUUCUCUUCGGCAGCUUCUCCUCGUUCGAAAGGUGACGUCAUCGACAUAUCAUCGUCGUCUCGCCAUUGCUAUUCCCUUGUGCGUUUGGAGGUUUGGGUUCUUGACUGAGGUUUUUGCGAUUUCGCAUUGGAGAUCAAAAUAGAUGUCUUCUGUUGUCUGGUUUUUGCCGCAUUUGAUGGUCUGAUGAGGAUUAACAUUUUUCAGGGAUCUCACAGUUGAUGGACUUUUCUCCAACCAAAAGUGACUAGAAAAACUUGAAGAAGUGCUUUUUAAGACAAGAGGGUUGGCUAAAAUACUUGUAAUAUUGGGUUCUGGAAAUCAACUGAUUUGCAUUUGCAAAAUAAGCCCCUGGUAUUCUCAGCUAUACUUUGCUAGACAAAUUCAUACAGAUGGACCUGAAAUCAAAUCAUAAUGCUCCUGUUCUCACUGAUCCUGCACCCAUGAACAAAUCAAGAAGCAUUUAUUCUAGUCUUUGUUCACCCCAAGGUGUAGUUUUUCCUCCUGGACGCUUUUUAACAAUCCCAGGGAAGAAGCCUGUUGUGCUUGAUGAUGUUCGUUCCAGCUCUUGGCUGGAUGUGAUGAAGUCCUCAUCUCCAACCCAUAAGAGGAAGUGCAAGGAUUCUGGUGCUGAACUGGUAUCUUCUGAUACUGAUGUUCCUUAUAGUAAUUGGACGCUCAAGUACCCCUCAGCACUUGAAUCUUUUGUGCAAAUAACAAAUUAUGCAAAGGGAAAGCGAAUAGCAUUGUUUUUGGAUUAUGAUGGAACUCUUUCGCCCAUUGUAGACAAUCCAGACUCUGCUUUCAUGUCUACUGCUAUGCGUGCUGCUGUGAGGAAUGUGGCAAAAUAUUUCCCAACAGCAAUCAUCAGCGGGAGAAGCCGUGACAAGGUGUACGAGUUUGUAGGGCUGGCAGAACUCUAUUAUGCUGGCAGUCAUGGGAUGGACAUUAUGGGCCCUGUGCCGCCGGUGUCUAAUGACCAAACAAACUGUGUUAGAUCAACUGACAAGCAGGGUAAGGGAGUUAACCUGUUCCAGCCUGCUAGUGAAUUUUUACCUAUGAUAAAUGAGGUUUAUAGAUCCCUUGUUAAGAAUACAAAGGAAAUUAAAGGAGCAAUAGUGGAGAAUAACAAGUUCUGUGUAUCCGUACACUACCGUAAUGUGGAUGAGAAGUUGUGGAAAGCAGUUGCGCAACGUGUUGAUGAAACACUAAAAGACUACCGCCGUCUACGAUUGACGCAUGGACGGAAGGUUCUUGAGGUCAGGCCCGUGCUUGACUGGGACAAGGGCAAAGCGGUUGAGUUCUUACUUGAAUCAUUGGGGCUAAAUUCUUGUGAUGAUGUGCUACCAAUAUAUGUUGGCGAUGACCGGACCGAUGAAGAUGCAUUUAAGGUUUUGAGGGAGGGACCCAUCAGCAGAGGUUUUGGCAUCUUGGUAUCUUCUGUGCCCAAGGAAAGCAAUGCGUUUUACUCUCUGAGGGACCCAUCAGAGGUCCUGGAGUUCCUCAAGUCCAUGGUAAUAUGGAAGAAGACAAGCUCACUAUAAAUAUAUACAUACAUAUAAUAUAUAUAUUACAAGAAGUGUAUACUGCGACUUGGGAAAAUACCGAAACAGACAGUUGUAGGAAUGUUCGCGAGUUUUACAGAUCACACGGGUCUGUAAAUGCAGGUCCAGAAAAAGAGUAUUCAUUUUGGUUUUUUACCAUCUUUCUUUCUUUUCUUUAACUUGUGUAAAUCCUUUUCCUACUCUUUCCCAGCAUAUCAGGUCAACUUCUUCUUCUACUCUAGACACACCAUAGUAUAGUAUUCAUUUGUUUGUUUCUUCAUCUACCCUCUUAUCCCUCCCUAGCUUUGGUUGCAUAUACAGAAAUGUAUUCAUUUGUUACCUUUUUCUAUUAAAAUGGAAACUUAAAUAUUUAUAUUUA